AAAAGUUGGAAUAUAUCUACCCGAAGAUGUAUUCUCUCAUGGGCAACUAUAUGUUGCGCUAUCGAGAGCUCGGGAUGCUGUCUCAGUGGAAGUUCCUUCAUCGAAAGCUAAAAUCAAGAAUAUUGUCUACAAAAAUGUUUUGUAG